AUAUUAAAAACCGGAGAUAAAUCGUACUGUAGAUUCUAUAGAUGUCAACAGCUCUUCCUCCGUUGAUUCUUCCUCGUCAACGAGAUUUCUUCCGAAGAUGAUCUCCUCGAGCAAGAUCAAAUCCGUAGACUUCUACAGGAAAAUCCCGAGGGACUUGACAGAGGCGACGCUGUCAGGUGCUGGACUGUCCAUUGUAGCCGCCCUCUCUAUGCUAUUCCUUUUUGGAAUGGAAUUGAACAAUUAUGUGGCUGUCAGCACUACCACAUCCGUUAUUGUUGACAAGAGUUCUGAUGGAGAAUUCUUGCGCAUCGAUUUUAACCUAAGCUUCCCGGUACUUUCAUGUGAAUUCGCAUCUGUGGAUGUCAGUGAUAUAUUAGGAACUAACAGGCUAAAUAUAACAAAAACAAUUCGCAAGUUUCCUAUUGAUUCGGAUCUAAGACCCACUGGUCCUGAGUUUCAUGCUGGGACUGUUUUGAAUUUCAUUAAGCAUGGAAAUGAUGUUGAUGAAGAAGCAAUUGAAGGUUCCAUACCACUAAGUAGCAACAACUUUGACGAAUUUUCACAUCAAUACUCCGUUUUGGUUGUAAAUUUUUAUGCUCCAUGGUGCUAUUGGAGUAAUCUCCUGAAACCAUCAUGGGAAAAAGCAGCAAAACAAAUAAAGGAAAGAUAUGACCCAGAGCUUGAUGGACGUGUUAUUUUGGGGAAAGUUGACUGCACCCAAGAAGCUGAUCUUUGUCGGAGGCAUCACAUACAAGGGUAUCCUUCUAUUCGCAUUUUCCGUAAAGGCAAUGAUGUUAGAGAGGAUCAUGGACAUCACGAGCAUGAAUCCUAUUAUGGAGAUCGUGAUACAGAGAGCCUAGUAAAGAUGGUGGAAAGUUUGGUUGAGCCAAUCCAGCUGGAGUCUGAGAGGUUAGCAUUGGAAGAUAAAUCAGACAAUUCAGCGAUAGGUCUGAAAAAAGCUCCUUCAACUGGAGGAUGCCGUAUUGAAGGAUAUGUGCGUGUAAAAAAGGUCCCGGGAAACCUUAUAGUGUCAGCACGAUCUGGAUCUCAUUCAUUUGAUUCUUCUCAAAUGAACAUGUCCCAUGUCAUCAACCAUCUCUCCUUUGGCCGGAGUAUUUCACCUCAGACUAUGAAAGACCUAAAGCGCCUGGCACCUUAUCUUGGUCGGAGCCAUAACCGCUUGGACGGCCGUUCAUUCAUAAAUCACCGUGAUCUCGGGCCUAAUGUUACUAUCGAACACUAUCUUCAAAUAGUGAAGUCGGAAGUGAUAAAGAGCCACGGACACUCAUUACUCAUCGAGUACGAGUACACAGCACAUAGCAGUGUGGCUCACAGCUUCUACUUACCGGUCGCUAAAUUCCACUUCGAGCUCUCUCCCAUGCAGGUUCUAAUUACGGAGAACACAAAGUCGUUCUCACAUUUCAUCACCAAUGUAUGCGCCAUUAUCGGCGGUGUCUUCACGGUCGCCGGAAUCUUGGAUUCGAUUUUCUACAACACGAUCAAACUGGUGAAAAAGAUUGAAAUCGGCAAAAGCUUUUGAUAGGGGAGGCUGAGGAGCUUAUAUUUAUUGCCACGUGAGGUUGGGCACGGAAUUGGUUACCCAGAUAUUUUAGGAUAUUCGAAUUUAGUAUUUAAAUGUUUGGGAUAAGGAUUACAAUCUGAUUUCAUAUCCGUAGGGUGCUGAGUAUAGAAAUUUCCGGUAUCCGAAUCCGAAUUUUAGGGAAAAAAAUUUAAGGAUAAUUUUGUAAUUUUUAAUAAAUAUUAAAGUGUUUUGUAAUAAUAGAAUGAGUAAUUUUGUGUAUUAUUGAAAAGUAUAUGGUCGAAUAUC